AUGGGGUUAAGGAUGUCAGAAUCAGCUAAACCUUAUUUUGCAAUGGUCUGUCUUCAAUUCGGAUACGCCGGUAUGAACCUUGUCACUAAAACUGUCCUUGACCGCGGUAUGAGCCAUUACGUUCUUGUUGCAUACCGCAACGCUUUCGCCACAGCCGCUAUCGCACCUUUCGCUUUUCUCUCCGAAAGGAAAGUGAGGUCAAAGAUGACGUUUUCUAUAUUCAUGCAAAUAUGUCUUCUUGCUCUUCUCGGGAUGGAGAGAGUGGAGCUGAGAAAAGUAAGAUGCCAAGUAAAAGUGGUGGGGGCUUUAGUGACAGUGGUUGGAUCCAUAUUGAUGAUAUUCUACAAAGGUCCUUUCAUCAAUUCCUUCCGAUCUCACCUCACCACCACCACCGCCACGCCCGGCGGUGGCUACCUUAAAGCCGCCGUCUUCCUCCUCCUCGCCUCCGUCUCAUGGGCGUCGUACUUCGUUCUUCAGGCAUCGACUUUGAAGAAAUACUCGGCCCAUCUCUCGUUAUCAACCAUGGUGUGUUUCAUGGGAACGUUACAAUCUUUAGCCCUGACUUUCGUAAUGGAACACAAUCCUUCUGCUUUGAACAUCGGUUUAGACAUGAACCUUCUCGCUUCUGCUUACGCGGGAAUAAUGUCUUCGAGCAUAGCUUACUACGUUCAAGGACUUAUGAUGCAACGAAAAGGACCAGUCUUUGUCACUGCUUUUAACCCUCUUGUCGUUGUCAUUGUCUCCAUCAUGAGCUUCUUCGUUCUCGGCCAAGGAAUCUACCUUGGAGGAGUUAUUGGAGUGGUUGUUUUAACGGUGGGAGUCUACGCCGUGUUAUGGGGCAAGCACGUAGAUGAUGACGGUGAAGAAUUACGCCGUGAAGAUAACAUUUUAGAAGCCGUUAAGUGUUGUAGUGGCAUUAAUGGUCUCUCGACAAUGCCGAAAAUCGUUGAAGCUGAUGAGGAUGUUGAAACCGGGAAAGUUACGAUGGUGGAGAAGGAAUCAUCGGUGGUGGUUGUGGUUUUUUGUAGUGAAAAUGUGGAUAACGUUUCACGAUGCUAA